UCUCGCCCAGUUCAUCCCGCGCCACCGGGAUCUCCCUCCCCUGCAUAUCCCUCUCUUAGCCGACUCCUCACCCUUCCUUCUUCUCCCACCAACUCUUUACUGCUACCAAUUAUACUUCAGUGGUAGUUGUGCUAAAGAGACCCCAAGAAGAAAAAGGAAAUCAGAUGGCCGGCUUGCCAGCGACCAACGCCGAGGGCGAAACCCUCUCGGACGCUUGGGAUUGCAAGGGCCGCCCCGCCGUCCGAUCCCAGACCGGAGGUUGGACCAGCGCCGCCAUGAUCCUAGGGGUGGAGCUGUGCGAGAGGCUGACGACGCUGGGCAUAGCCGUAAACCUGGUGACCUACUUGACCGGUACCAUGCACCUCGGCAAUGCCGCCUCCGCCAACACUGUCACCAACUUCUUCGGCACCUCCUUCAUGCUCUGCCUCCUCGGCGGCUUCCUCGCCGACUCCUACCUCGGCCGGUACCUCACCAUCGCCACCUUCACCGCAGUCCAAGCUUUGGGGGUUACCAUUCUGACGAUAUCGACGGUGGCUCCGGGGCUGAGGCCGCCGGCCUGCGCGGACCCGUCGGCCGGCGGGUGCGUGCGGGCGAGCGGGGGCCAGCUCGGGGUGCUCUACCUGGCUCUGAAUCUGACGGCGUUGGGGACGGGAGGGCUGAAGUCGAGCGUGUCCGGGUUCGGAUCGGACCAGUUCGACGAGUCGGACCGGGGCGAGAGGCAGCAGAUGAUGCGCUUCUUCAGCUGGUUCUUCUUCUUCAUCAGCCUCGGCUCGCUGCUGGCCGUGACGGUCCUGGUGUACAUCCAGGACAACGUCGGCCGGCAGUGGGGCUACGGCAUCUGCGCCGCCGCCAUCGUGUCGGGGCUGGCGGUCUUCAUCGCCGGCUCCACCCGGUACCGUUUCAAGAAGCUGGUGGGGAGCCCCCUGACCCAGAUCGCCGCCGUGGCGGUGGCGGCCUGGAGGAAGAGGGACCUGAAGUUGCCCUCUGAUCUCUCGCUUCUCUAUGACGUGGGCGCUGCAGACAAAGGCGAGGAGGGAGGGAAGACGAGCGAGGGGAAGCAGAAGUUGCCCCACAGCAAGCAGUUCCGUUGCCUGGACCGGGCAGCGAUCAUGGAGGAUCCGGCCGUCGAGCAGAGCAAGUGGCGGCUGUCGACGCUGACCGACGUGGAGGAGGUGAAGCAGGUGAUCCGGAUGCUGCCGGUGUGGGCCACGACCAUCAUGUUCUGGACCGUCUACGCUCAAAUGAGCACCUUCUCGGUCUCCCAAGCCACCACCAUGGACCGGCGCAUCGGCCCCUCCUUCCAGAUCCCCGCCGGCUCCCUCACCGUCUUCUUCGUCGGCUCCAUCCUCCUCACGGUUCCUAUCUACGACCGCCUCGUCGUCCCCGCCGCCCGCCGACUCACCGGCAACCAGCAGGGCCUCACCCCGCUCCAGCGCAUCGCCGUCGGCCUCGUCUUCUCCAUCUUCGCCAUGGCGGCCGCCGCGCUCACCGAGCGCAGGCGGCUCCACGCGGCGUGGGCUGCGAGCUCGUCCUCCGCCGUCGAUCCGGGGUCGACGUCGGCGCCGCUGAGCGUGUUCUGGCUGGUGCCGCAGUUCUUCUUCACGGGCGCCGGGGAGGCCUUCACGUACAUCGGCCAGCUGGAUUUUUUCUUGAGGGAGUGUCCCAAGGGGAUGAAGACCAUGAGCACUGGUCUCUUCCUCAGCAGUCUCGCGUUGGGUUUCUUUUUUAGCUCGGCUCUGGUGAGUAUUGUCCACAAGGUGACGGGGGGACCCGGGAGGGGGGCGUGGCUCGCCGACAAUCUGAACGAAGGGAGGCUCUACGACUUCUACUGGCUCCUCGCCGUGCUGAGCGCGGUCAAUUUAGGGCUGUUCUUGGUAUCCUCCAAGGGGUACGUUUACAAGGAGAAGAGGAUGGCGGCGGGGGAGGAAGGGAGCGUGGUCACGGUGGAGCUGGCGGACGAAGCCUCUCGCCAAGCUUGAGCUUUUCUUUCUUUCGAACUGCUGCCGAGUGUAAUAUAGUCUGUCUCGACUCUCGAGUUAAGGUAACGGAUAGUUUGAGUCUGGCUCUCUCCCUUCGUUCCUACGAUGCAUCAAAUUAAGCUGUGUAAAACUGAACCAGUCGAUGUAUCUACUGGCGCUUCGAUUCUCUUCUUCUCAGUGGAAAACCUUCUUCUCUCAAGCAUAAAA